AUUCUGAUUCGUUUGACAUGCAGCCAAGUGCGAAGGUUGUGGCGGUCGCAGUGCUGGCGCUGUUGGUGGCCAUGACGCCGAUGGACAGUGUUAUCGCACUGCAGCUCCCUCAGCAAGUGCAGCGCGCGAAGGGCGUCGCUACCAAAGCAGAGGGAAGCGGUGACCCAAUGUUGGCCGCGGUCAAGUCGGCCUUCCUCCGCCGCGUCGCUGGCCCAGCGGAUGCCGUUGCGCAGGAGCCCUUCGUCGAGCAAGCUGGCCCCAUGCUCAACCAGCAUGCGUGCGGCCUGGACGAAGCAGCCAAACUUUUCCGAGGAAAGGCCUUCCAAGACGCCAACAGGCGCUCAGAGGACGGGUUUUUGUCCCGCCGAGCCCUGCCAUACCCGGAAUACCGCACUCCCGUGUUUUCACCCACAGUCCCGACGUGCCUGCAGGAGGAAGGAGCGGAUUUCUUUGGCUUUGUGAACAACGAGUGCUUCCUCAGCGAGAUUACAAACCUCUACUCGGAUUUGGACUCGGAUUGGCCAACCGCGACCAUCAAGAUCAAAUUCCACUACUUUGCAGACACCAGCGGUGCCAAUCCGCAAAUGGACUCGAGUCAAUCCGCCGUUCUUCUCGAAAAGCUCGCCGAGUACUAUCAACAUAGUCCUGCGGGAGAUUCCAAAAUCCGCUUCUCGUUCUCGUAUGCGCCCAUCCACAGCACCGCUCUGAAAACCAAGUGGACCAACACCCCUUUCAAUGCGGCCGACCCUGACUAUUCCGUGAUGAAUGACCUGAAUGUUCCGGCUUGGGAUGGCACGGACCCGAAUUACAUUCAUGUGUGUGUCAUUCCAAUGGCCGGGAAUAUCGUGGGACUUGGUUACCCACCGCACGAGCAAAUUGCCAGCGUUGUUGACUGGGAUGCACCCAGCUUUAUUUUGAUUCGAUACGACUUUCUGUAUCCUGCCGGUAUUGCUGGCGGCAUGUCUGGUCAAAACGGUACCACUUUGGCGCAUGAGAUUGGGCAUACCCUGACACUGUUCCACACCUUCCAAAACGCGGGCAACGAUGAUUUCACAACCCGAGACUGCCAGACGUGCUCUCCUCGGGUUGGUCAGGCCUAUACUGGUGAUUUCAUCUCUGACACCAACCCCAUCUCCAACCAGCUGAGCUUUUACACCACAUCCUGCACCAACUACGGCUAUGGAAACGCCAUGUGCGACGGCUCCAGCUUUGUCAACCCGCCAAACCGCAACAUUAUGGGCUACAGCCAAUUCUACUGCAUGACGCAGUUCUCAAAGCUGCAAAUGAGCCGCAUGCGUUGCUCGAUUGAUCGGUACUUGCGUCAGCACACGGUUGAGGGCCUGACGAAUCUCGUUGCGUCUGGCAACUACCUGACCAUCGACAAGAGCGACAUGACGGCGCUCAAGCUGUACUGGACGCCACCGAUCAACUCCUUGUCCUCUGUCAGCGCCAUUGCUCCCCCGACAAGCUACGAACUGACGCGCUUCAACGCCACCACAACCGUCACAUGGACAGUCACAGGCAUGUCCUACGUGGACGAGUCAGCGCACAAUUACAGCACGUACACGUAUUACGUGCGCGGCCUCAACAGCGCGGGCGCUGGAGUCCCCAGUCAACAGCUCGAGGUUGUCAACGAUGGCAAAGUGAAGGGCAACGGUGUGACAACGCUGGUUCCAGGUUUGAGUCUUGUCCUUCUCUGUCUCUCCAGCAUGCUCGUUUUCGCACUGUUCUGAGCGUGUCAAUCACGUUUUUUGGUGAUUCGUCGGGCACAUGGUCAUCUUCGUGUCGUUGUUUUGGGUGGCAGUGAUUGCCUGUCCAUGCAAGUUAUGUGUAUUGAAAGUGAACUGCUUGUUUGCACUGUGAUUCAAGCUAAAGCAUUGUCAAACGGGUGGAUUUGGAACACAGUGUACUGAAAAUCAAAACAUGAUCAAGCCAUA